GUGAAUAGUAUUAUUUUAUACUCUGGCGUUUUUCAAUAGCAUUUGUUAAAUAAAGUUAAAACAAAUAUUUAUUACACAUUUUCAUAUACAUAGUUCAAGUUAUAAUUGAAAUAGUUAUUUAUCUGGAAAACUACAAAAAAAUCGAGCCAUGGCUUCAGGCGUUUCAGAAAAGGAUGAGGAAAAUUUGAGACAACAGUGUGAAAAUGCCUCUUUGGAAGAUAAACCACUACCAGCUAGGAAAUCUGUUUUACCACCUAUUAAACUUGGCAUGUCCUUCAGUGAUUGGAAACAGAUGAAAGAUGCAGAGGAGGAGGGUAAAAACAACAAAUCUUCAAGGUCCGCAAAAGAUAGAAAAUAUGGCGGCCAACAACGACAAAAUCCACGCACUCAAAACUGGACUUCAGAAAGUCAUAUACAAAAUCAACAGAGUAAAGAAAGGAUGUUUUUUAGAUCACAACAAAAAAAUUUGCCUAACUUUAAUGCAUUAACUCCACAACGAAACCAAUCAAAUGUGCGUAGGUUUCAAGAUUCCAUAAUACCACCACUUAUGCCACCAUUGUCGUUUGAUGAGUUCCUAAAUCAAGACGUACACUGGUCUUCUGGACCUCUAAUGCAACCAAUGUUUCCCCCAAUGCCUCGAAUGCCACGUUUCAAUCAAUACAGAGAUUGCAAUAAUCAAUCAGGAAGAGUCAAUUACAGAUACUUUCCACAAAAAAAAUUUUCAACUCGAACAAAACCAAAAUCUGGCGACUCUCCCAUAAAUAAUAACAUCAAAACGCCAGAAACUAAAUCAAUUAAAAAAGAGCAACAAGCUCAGCAAGCUAUAACAAACACAAAUGUUAUAGAUGACGACACAAAUGUUAUAGAUGACGACACAAAUGUUACACGAGACAGCAAACAACAACCUCAAAUAUAUAUUCAAAGACCGCGUAAUCUUACCAAUAAGUGUGACAAAAGUAAACCUACUUGGAUGGUGAAGCCUCAAGCUCCACCACCAAUGGCAGCCAAAACUCCGGAGGAGCGCGAGCAUAAGACACGUUUGUGGCGAGAAUAUCGCCAUGCCAUGAAACCAUUUAAGAAUCGUGAGUUUAAAAAUGCUAAACGAGUUGUACAACGUCUGGGCAAAAAGAAUUAUGAAGAACUUGAAGAAAAGGAUCGUGAACGUUUAGAUUGGGCAGUGGAGGCAGUGAACGCGCACAAAGAGAUGUUGAAUGCUCGAAUGGCGCAACGAUCGGCUCGUGUGGAACGGGCAAUAAAAAAUGAUAUAAAUGACACAAAAAGGGAAAAUGUCUUCAAUCUACCUGUAAAUAUGAAUUCAAAUAAUUUUUCGAACCAAAAAAAUCAUAACACACAUGAUCCUGUUUGGCCAGCACGUCAAUCUUUAUCUGAAACCUUUCUACCUGGUGGUGUAUUGCUACCAGGAGGUAUUAUAACACAAUCUAAAACUUAAUUUGUAUUCGUAAAUAAAAUUUAAAGAGAAUUUAAAUUUAAA